AUGAGCGUUGGUGGUGUGCCGGUGACCAAGUCGUUCAACAAACUGAAGAAGUAUCCGUACGAGAUAAAUAAGUUUGAUAGGCGAGAGACAAAUGAAUAUUUCUACCUACCCGUCGAUUGUCCACGUAUGAAAAAAUGUGAUGAUGCAUACUGUCCUUUGGCACACACCAAAUUAGAAAAGAUAUUUCAUCCCAUAGUAUACAAAACACAAGCAUGUCAGAUGGCAAAAGAUGGAGCUUGUGAUUAUUUUCAGAAAUGUGCAUUUUAUCAUGAUUCGAAUGACAAGAAUGAGGCUCACUUGAAUUGGACCAUUUGGGAAAAAAAGUGGAACAAGUGGAGAAAUAACAUCGAUAGUAUUUUAACUCAUCAUAAUAAGAAUGAUAAAGAAAUCAGGAGGAAGGUGGAGAGCAUUCUGAAGAUUCGUAUGCCACACUUUAAUUACAACACAAAUAAGGGUAGCUUAUUUUUGAACAAGAAUGCAUCGUUUUACUCCACGUGGUCGAACAGUAGUCAGGGUGGGAGUGGGAGCAAUGGUAACAGAAUGAGUAGUUUGGGAAGUGGUCUAGAGAGUGGGUUGAAUAACCUUUUGUGCAAUUCCAUCAAUGCGUCCAUUACACACUGCUCCACGACGAUGUUUAACGGUCCAUGGAAUACUAAAGCCUUGAGUAGUACAAAGAAAAGUGUAAAAAAGAGCAACGAUAAUAAAAAUGGCAACAAUAAUAGUGGUAGUUCUAUCUGGAUAAAUGAGCUAGGCGAUUUAGGAAACGUAAAUUUCGACAAAACUACAAACAUUAACACAUCUUUCAUGAGCAGAAAUAACAUGUACUGUGAUGAAACUCUCAGUUAUAAUAGCAACACGACGGAAUGCGGAAUAAAUUUCGAUCAAAUGGACAAUAAUGCGUAUAAGGUUGUUGAAUUUUGUUUUACUGAUUAUGAAAAUAAUAAGACGAAGGGUUGUGGUUGGAGAGAUAGCUAUAAUUCCGAUGUGGUAAACGUUCAGGCGAGGAAUUCUUUUUUUUCGCAUGGUUUGAAGGCGCAUGACGGGGAGAGAAACGGAUCGUGCAAAGUUGCCACGGGAAGUGGAACAGUCGGCAAUGUGGGCAGUGUAGGAGGUGGUGUUCUUAGUGGAGGUAUCACAGUGGAAGAUAGUUGCGUCGGUGACGACAGUAGUCUAUUCCAAGAGCUGACCUACAACAAGGCGUGCGAAUAUUUCCCAUGCCUGGGAGAAAUUGGAAACGGAGAAGACGCAACACAUCAAGCAGAUGGAAUGAACGCAAAUUUAUUUCAAAAGGGUCCCAGGCAUGUGGAAAAUUUUAAGGAGGAGCAGAUAAUGGAGAGGGAUGGUAGCCCAGAGGGGAAAUUGGACUUAAUCAGUUCAAAAUAUUUUUCCAACAACUCAAAUAAUACUUCUAUAUUCGAGAAUUAUGGGAACCUGUCAACCAUAUUUGAUGUUAGUGAGAAUGACAAUGAUAAUAAUAAUAAUAAGACAGGUAGCUUCGCGAACCUGUCCAAUUGCAACACCUUUGAUCAUCUGAGUUUUGAUGACACGGGUAUAAAUGGACGAAGCAAGUGUUUUUUCACAAAUGAACAUGUGGAGGAGGGACAAGGAUCCAAGGUUGAUAUGGAACCUACAGAUGUGGGAAGUAUAAUUCGGUUCGUUGACUCUGGUGCGAGCGAAAUGGUUAAUGCUAUUGGAAGCCAAGGUGUUAUAUCUUCCAAGGAGGGGAUUGAAAAAAAUGGGGUGAACAAGGAAAGGGAAUUAAAAGGAGAAGAGGGGGAUAAAAAUGCCAAUGUUACAUUAACAGGGAGCAAUACAAAGGGGCAAAAUAAAAUGUCAAAGAAGAAUAAAAAUAAGAAAGGGGUGGAUGCAAAUUUAGGGCAUAAUAACAGUACGAAUAACAAUAGCAGUAAUGUAUUGAAUGGAAGAAGGAAUACGAGGGCGAGUACCUUUUGCGAGGUUCUGUGCACAGGGAAUGUUGAACUGAGGAGCGAAUUGAGCGAGAAAAGGAAGAACACGAAAAAGGAUAAUUUGGUGAGCAAAAAUUGUAAGAAUGAAAAGGACCAGGAAGAUAGGAAAAAUGGAAAUAACAAAUUUGUGAAUGGUGAGGAAAGGAACGAUGAAAAUUUUAGCGGUGUUGAUCCGUCUUGUGGAGAAAGGGAGAAGGAGAAAAAUGGCAAGGCGAAAAAUGGGGAAUGUCAAGGCGGAAAGAAAAGUAACAAUACGGCGAGUAUGAACAAGGGUGGAAAUAAAAAUUGUAAAAAAGGGACAACGGAAAGUGGCAGUAAUGGCGGAACUCCCAGGAACAGGAAAGCCAUCCAAGGUGAUCAAGGGGAGAGUGAUCAGACUGGAAGUACCGACCAGGAAAAGGGGCAAUUGGAGCAAAUCAGUGGAAAGGAAGUUGAAGUAGGAAAUCAUGGAGAAGAGCAUGCCUUCAGAGACAAAACUAGGAAAAACGGAAACGCGAACGAGAAAGGUAGAAACAGUGGAGUAAACGGAAGAGACGUUAUCGCCAAAGGGAGCAAUAUUUGUAGUGGGGUGAAUUCCAUGAAUCAGGCGAAAGUUACCUGUGAGGAGGUGAAGGUUGUUGUAGGCACUAAUUCUAGAUCGAACUUUGAUUGGGCGAAUAGAAAUCAAGAUGAAGAGAAGAAGAAGCAGAAUAAUGAUGGCACAGUAUUUAACAGUGUAGGUAGUGUGCAGAACAGAGGCAGGUCCAUUGAUAUUUACAAUAGUACUAACUUGAAUCAUGGUGUUGUGGAAAAAUUCAGCAGCGAAUCCACUCUGAAUAAUGGUAAUCCUGUGGAAGACAAGAAGCAGGUGGAGAAGAGUUGUUGCCAGACAAUGAACUACUGCAAUUGUAGAGAAAAUAGUGUGGUGCCGAAGGAAUCAAGCGAGUACGCCAUUUUGAAGAAGGAGUUCAUGGAACAGGGGGGAAGUAUGUUUUAUAAUUACGCGAAGGGUAGCAUGGAUAGCAAGUUGGGCGGGUUCGGAACUUCUGGGGGGAGAGACAAUGUGGGCGUUGUAGGGGGAAUAGGCGAAAUGGGGGAUCUGCUUUUCGGAAGGAAGAGGAACAAUUCUGCGUUUAUUUUGAAGCAGGGGGAGGACCACUCGAGCAUGUCCCUGCAGGGGGGCAGCGACAAAAUGGGUGAUGACGGAGGGAGUAUUUUUAACCUAAGUCCAAAUAUGCCGAGCUCGUUCAACCAGAGCAGGUGUUCUUCAUUCAGCGUGAGCAGGGGAAGCCCCUUUAGCCGAAGCAACGUUUCGAACGACGCGUACAGCAAUUUUUUUAUCAAAGAGGAAACCUUGCACCCGAUGGAGAAUAACCAGUUUGAGGAUAUCAAUAAGUCGAAGGAAUACAAUUCAAAUGAGAAAGAAGAAAAUGAGUCAAUGGAUUACACAAACAACCUGCUAAAUAUAUUCCUGUCCUGUAAUAGUAUUAACGAGAAUUUCGAGUGCACAAAUGAAGGGGAUAAUAGUUUCACAAAUUUUAAAGAGGACACGAACCUGUUUGGUUACAAAGAAAAAGAGGUGACAAAUGGAAGCGAACUUUUUAAUUAUUCAUCCUCUAGCAAUUUUAACCCUUUUGGGAAUUACAAUUUUUUGGGCCCAUCAUGUUUACAGUGUAAGCACUACAAAAAUGAGAUAAAGAACUUAAUGGCUCAGAUAAAAGUUUUAAGAGAGGAGCUCUCCAAGUGCAAGCAGAUAAUAAUGUCAUCUGGGUUUAGUGGAGGUAAUGAUGAUAAAGUAAAUCCUUGUAAUUACAACUGGACGAACAGGAAGAGUUUUUCGGAUAUAUAUGAGAAGAAGAAUUUUGUGUCUUCCAUCGAGGGGAAUGAUUAA